ACUUCAUCUUCCUUUAUAAACCAAAUCUCAAUCUCCUUCGUCACAGUCAAAAUCAUCAUCUCAAUCUAAAGACUCCAAUCGAGAAAGAAGUUCCAAAUGUCAGGAAGAGGGAAAGGAGGAAAGGGACUGGGCAAAGGAGGAGCGAAGAGGCACAGGAAGGUUCUGAGAGACAACAUCCAAGGAAUCACCAAGCCUGCGAUCAGGCGACUCGCUCGCAGAGGAGGAGUGAAGAGGAUCAGCGGGUUGAUCUACGAAGAGACGAGAGGGGUUCUGAAGAUCUUUCUCGAGAACGUGAUUAGAGACUCCGUUGUAAGAUCAAGAAAAGAGCCAAGUGUUGGGAGAAUCAGAGCGACGACGUUUUACACAAAGGAUCUUGUGUGUUACACGCAGAUGUCGCAGAGUUAUGGAAAGAUGACGUGGCGAUACUCAUUAGAUUCCAAGAUAUAACUUGCACAUCAAGUUGAGAGAAUAAUGGAAGAUUUGGAUUCACCGAGAUAUUAGGAAAAUAGAAUAUUCGGUAAGGACUACUUAACUAGAUUGUCUAGGGCAUAUCUAGGUUAAGCACGUUAUUGUAAAAGCUUGAGCAAGAGGGUGUUCUUGUCAAGAGUUAGACGAUCGAGUGCCUUGUGUUGAGCAGCUCGAUUGUGUCAUUCAUAUUAGAAAUUGGUCCGUCUCUAGUCGUCUGUGACUGAGAGUAAUUCGGAUUAAACAGAUCUAGGAAGAUUGUUUAAAAGGUUUCUAAUAAUCAAGGAAAGUGU